GGGCCUGGCGGUCACCGAGCUACGGCAACUGCCGCUGGAGGCGGCGGCGGCCCGGGGCACAUCCCCCAUAAAACCCCCUUGCUCCUCUCGCUCCUGUGUGUCCUCACUGCCUCCCCCGGCCACCUUGCGCGGCGGCUUGGCCAUGGCUGGGCGCCUCAGCGCUGCCAGCUAGUGCCGGGGAGCAGCUGGGCGCCGCGCCUCGAACGGACGGAGCUGGUCUUCUUCAUCCCGCAGCCUCCUCCUCCUCCUCUCCAUCUGCCGCUUUUCGCUUCUCCUCGGGGAAGUCAGGACUUUCCCACCCGUGUGUGCACCAAGCCCGACUUUCCCUUCCCUCGCUGCACCGCGAUUGCACUUUUUUCCCCUCUCCUCCUCCUCCUUUUUCCUUCCCCUCGGGCCGGGCGGGCUCGCACCCCUUCACCGCCGAGGAUGCGGGUGUCGCUGCUCAGCCCCUUGCUCCUGCUCUCCCUCGGCUGCAGCCGAGGCUCCGCCGAGCUCCCGGCGGCCCGAGCCAAGUGCCCGACCCGCUGCGAUGUCUCCAAGUGCCCGAGCCCCAGCUGCCCCAGCGGAUACGUCCCCGACCGCUGCAACUGCUGCCUCAUCUGCGCCGCGGGCGAGGGGGACUCGUGCGGCCGCAAGGAGGAUCCCCCCUGCGGGGACAGCCUGGACUGCCGCUACCCCAUGGGCAAGCGCUUCGCUAAGGGGGUCUGCCAGUGCAAGCUCAGCGCCCAGGUGUGUGGCAGCGACGGCCGCACCUACGACAACGUCUGCCAGCUGAAGGCGGUGAGCCGCAAGGCGCUGCAGCACGGCCUGCCCGCUGUCGCCCAGGUCCAGAAGGGAGCCUGUGAAUCGGGUCACCUACAGUCCAGCAGCCCAAGGUAUAAAUUCAACUUCAUAGCGGAUGUGGUGGAAAAGAUUGCACCUGCAGUUGUGCACAUUGAACUUUUCCUCAGGCACCCUCUCUUCGGUCGAAAUGUCCCACUUUCCAGUGGAUCAGGGUUUAUUAUGUCUGAUUCUGGUUUAAUUGUGACCAAUGCCCACGUGGUGUCAAGUACCAACGCUAUAUCAGGGAGACAACAGUUGAAAGUGCAGCUACAGAAUGGAGACACCUAUGAAGCAACCAUCAGAGACAUUGACAAGAAAUCUGACAUUGCAACAAUAAAGAUUCACCCUAAGAAAAAAUUGCCAGUAUUGUUACUGGGGCAUUCUGCUGAUCUGAGACCAGGAGAAUUUGUGGUGGCAAUUGGAAGCCCUUUUGCCUUACAGAACACUGUGACAACGGGUAUUGUCAGCACUGCUCAGCGAGAUGGCAAAGAACUUGGCUUGCGGGACUCUGAUAUGGAUUACAUUCAGACAGAUGCUAUUAUCAAUUAUGGCAACUCUGGAGGACCUCUAGUUAAUCUGGAUGGUGAAGUGAUCGGAAUUAACACCUUGAAGGUUACAGCUGGAAUUUCCUUUGCUAUUCCAUCAGACCGCAUCACUCAGUUCCUUACAGAGUCACUUGACAAACAAAAUAAAGAUAGCAAGAAGCGUUUCAUUGGCAUCCGAAUGCUGACAAUAACACCUGCCUUGGUGGAAGAAUUGAAACACAAUAAUGCUGAUUUUCCUGAUGUCAGAAGUGGAAUUUACGUACACGAGGUUGUUCCGAACUCACCUUCUCAUAGAGGAGGGAUCCAAGAUGGAGAUAUUAUUGUUAAAGUCAAUGGGCGUCCUUUGAUGACUUCCAGUGACCUGCAGGAGGCUGUGAUGAAUGAAUCACCUCUACUACUUGAAGUUCGAAGAGGAAAUGAUGACUUGUUAUUUAACAUUGAGCCUGAAAUUGUCAUGUAAAUAGAAUUGAGGAAGCUCCCACCAUAAUUAAACUCACUUAUUCUGGAACACUAGAUACCUCCUUUACAGCUACAGUAAUUAUACUUCCUGUUGACUAAUGACAAGGUGGACUAACUUAAUUGCCUGAACCAUUUCUGUACAUAGUAGCUAGAAUGAAUUCAAUUAUGCCACGUAUUGCAGGUUUGACUUUCAAAGCAAUUUAAGACACAGGUUCUGGGGUUGGGGAGGAGGAAAGUAAGUUUUGGGUAGCUGAUGGAAAUGGCACCUACUUCCAGUUUGAGGAGAUUUCAGAGCAGGUUUAAUUCUUCGUUUUGAAAGACGAAAAUACAACUGGAAGCUAGAAAACGCGCCAAAGGGGCAAAUUAUUCUUAAAUUACAGUCAUAGUUGCAGCAGAACCAAGCUAUUGCAAUUGAGCUUUUUUUUUUCUCUAUAUAACUUUUUCAAUGUGAAACUACUAUUGGCAAAGCUUGUAUUUGUUCUUAGUGCUUGUAUGCUACAUGUCAACGCAGGUAGAUUAAAUCUGUAAAUAUCAAAAGGAACAAAAAUGGUAUCAGGCUAUAGAGUGUUACACCUAGGUCAUGCGAUUUUGGAAUAUAGUAAAUGAUUCUUAUAGAAUUAAUGCCUUAUAUAUAAAUCAAAACAAUGUGCUGAACAAAGUUAAGUUUGAGGAAGUGCACAGUUUUUUUAAAAAAAUUUAUACAAAUUAGUUUUGCAUUUUACUGGUAAGCUUUGCUGUAAAAUUGUUAUACUACUUUUGGCUUGUACUGUGUAAGUUUCUACUGUAAGGAGAUUAAAGUUUACACAAAUAAAGUGUUGGUGUAAACCUCUUUUUAAACAAGUGUUUUCUACCU